AUGCCGCAGACAACGGGCCUAAGUACCAGCGGGCUACUUCUUAUGAACAUGUUCCAUCGCGACGUAGCAAUCACCGCUCCUGGCGGCGCCAACGGCGAGCCGGGAGACGCAACUGACGAAAUCCCCCAAUUUAGACAGUCGUCUCAUAUCCACGGUCCUUGUGAACGUAUACGUAUACUACCAAACGGGGCCGUGUAUUACCGAACGGCCAAUAAGCAAGAACUGCCCAAAUUGGCCAACUCCCAUUACUACAUCUCGAGGGUGGUACCCGGGACACUAUGA